AUGACGGACGAGAAAGCUCAGACACAAGAGUUCAAGUUAGACCCAGACUGCGAAUUGAGAUUUGAAGUUGAAUCGAAGAAUGAGAAAGUCACGCUUGAGUUGAAAAGCGGACUAGCAGAAGUUUUUGGCACAGAACUUGUGAAAGGCAAAAAGUAUGAAUUCAUUGCCGGUGCAAAAGUAGCUGUAUUUACCUGGCAAGGUUGUACAGUCGAGUUAGUUGGAAAGACUGAUGUUAGCUAUGUAGCUAAAGAGACUCCGAUGGGUCUCUAUUUAAACUGUCAUGCCGCAAUGGAGAGACUGAGGGAAGCUGCGGAGAAGGAAGACACCAGAGGUCCAAUAACAAUGGUUGUUGGCCCAUGUGACGUAGGGAAGUCAACUCUUUGCAGACUUUUAUUGAAUUACGCAGUUAGAAUGGGACGUAGGCCAAUCUUCGUGGACCUGGAUGUAGGCCAGGGUCACAUAGCAAUACCUGGUACUGUCGGAGCACUGCUAGUCGAACGUCCUUCUAACGUAGUCGAUGGAUUUAGCCAGCAAGCACCCUUAGUUUUUCACUUUGGACACAAAUCACCACAGGCCAAUGUUGCUCUUUACAAUCUUCUCGUAACUCGCCUUGCAGAGGUCUGUUCUGACAGACUUCAAGCGAACAAAAAAGCUAGGGUGUCAGGGAUCGUGAUAAACACUUGUGGCUGGGUAAAAGGGGAUGGAUAUAAAUUAUUGACACACGCUGCCCAGGCUUUCGAGGUAGACGCGAUUCUGGUACUGGAUCAAGAGAGGUUGUACAACGAGCUCGUCAGAGACAUGCCAGACUUUGUGAAAGUCGUAUUCCUGCCUAAGAGUGGUGGAGUUGUAGAGAGGAGUCAGGCUCAAAGAACAGAGGCCAGAGAUCAAGGUGUCAGGGAAUACUUCUACGGUUCCAGAACGCCGCUCUAUCCGCACAGUUUUGAAGUGAAGUGGAGCGAGGCCAGAUUGUACAAAAUCGGAGCUCCAGUGCUUCCUGCAUCGUGCAUGCCGCUUGGAAUGAAGGCGGAAGAUAAUUUAACGAAACUGGUAGCUGUUACUCCUGGGCCAAACCUCCUUCAUCAUUUGUUAUCUGUCUCGUUUGCUGAUUCACCAGAGGAUGACGUAGUGCAGACAAACGUGGCUGGAUUUGUCUGCGUGACCAACGUCGAUGUUGAUAGACAAACGUUUACAGUCCUCAGCCCGCAACCACGACCAUUGCCAAAUACAGUUUUAUUGUUAUCGGAUAUACAAUUUAUGGACAGUCAUUGA